CUUGUUGGGUGGGCCUUGAAGCAGAGGGGGAUAACCGCGGGUGGGCGAGGCUUGGGCUCGCAGACGCCGCGGUUGCUGACGCAGGAGAGCGGGCUUGUGGCGCAGUAGAUCUCCAGAGACUCAGAGAGAGAGAGAGAGAAAGAGAUGGUGGCUCGGUGGCUUGUGGUGUGCGGAGCCCUCUUGGUCAGUGCAGUGCUGGCUACAGGCCAGCGGCUGUUGGGGGGCCCGAUGGAGGCCUCCAUGGACGAGGAAGGGGUGCAACGGGCGCUCCAGUUCGCCAUGAACGAGUACAACAGAGGCAGCAACGACAUGUACGCCAGCCGAGUGUCCGAGGUCAUCCGUCUCAGGAAACAAAUUGUCUCUGGAAUGAAGUACUUUAUAGAUGUUAAAGUUGGGCGAACAACUUGCAGAAAGUCAGUCGCUGAUGUUGGGAACUGUGCCUUCCAUGAAGCACCAGGGAUGGCAAAGCUUCAGAUUUGCAACUUUGUGGUAUACGCUGUUCCUUGGUUAAACCAGGUCUCCCUGUUGGAAAACAACUGCCACUAAAUGUGUGCUUCAGCAUAGGAGAGCAAGCUGCUAUUCUGAUGGUCUUCUCCUGAUUCAAAGAAGAGCAAUAAUCCAGACGUCUUCUCAAGCGAAAUUUCUUGUUGCUAGCUCAGAAAUGCUUAUGUAUACCUAAGUGAUUCAAGUAAAUCAUAUAAUUUUCCUUUUAAAAAUAUUUCUAAACUUUUUUCUGAUUUAUAAAUGUUUGUAAUUAAUUUUUGCGUGCUAGAUGUAGAGGAAAAAUAAAAGUUUAACUUCUCAA